AACUGAGGCAAGCUCGGAGCCGUCCUUUCCUUUCUCUCGAGCAGCAAGCGAGCAAGCAGAAGGCGAACGAGCAUUCUGCCACCGGGCCGCCGCCGCCUCGCCAGUCAACGCUGGAAAAGCCGGAGCCGGUUCACAUCGAUUUGUUAGUAAAACUUUGGAAGAUAGUAAUAAGGAGCCACCCAAAAGAUGCCAGGUGUAUGCAUAAGCAACAGCUUGACAACCUAUGCAAAUGGGGGGAGUUAUGGAGCUCUCAUUAUGGCUCAUAGUGAUGUACGAGUCCUCUGUAAGAAUCAAAUCAACUCUAUGAUUCCAGGGCCAUCUCUAUGGCGUCAGGACCUACUGAGGUUAUACCCUGCCAAAUCCAACAGUGGAAGAAUGAGUUCCAGGAUCAAAGCCACAUGGCCAUUCAUGGGCAACGAUAAAGGAAUGGAUGUCAAUAUAGAGCUCAGUGAGGCUGCCAAUGAGGAUAUUGUCAUUUUCUUCUUCCAGUUGGACUUGGAAACUCAGAUCCAGUAUGCCCUAAACAUGGAACAAUAUGAAGCAGCUCAGCAAUUAAGGAACAAACUUGAUGAGGUUGAAGCAGAAAUAACUAAAAAAAGGGAUGCCAAACGGGGUUCAUCAAAGAGUGAAGCUCAAGACAAAGCCAUAUAUCUAUUACAACUUCGUGCUGAACUUCAGAAAGCUGUUGAGAAUGAAAAUUAUUCUGCUGCUUCUGAGUUACGUGAUGAGAUAUCAAAAUUUGAGGCUGAAACUCUAGCUGCAUCAGCAAAAGCCCUUGCUUUUGAGAACAUACAAUAUGCAUUUCGUCUUGGACAGAAAGUACGACAUAAAAAGUUUGGUUAUCUAGCAGUAAUUUGUGGCAUGGAUCCUGUAUGCUGUGAAUCAAAUUCAUGGAUGGAGGUUGCCAAUGUUGACAAAUUGAUCAGAGGGCCUAAUCAACCUUUUUAUCAGAUCUUGGUUGAUGUACAUGCAGAUCCGAACCUUCUUGUUGCAUAUGUUGCGGAAGAGAAUCUUGUAGCCAAUGAACAGCCAAACAAGGACAGAUUUGAUCAUCCAUAUGCUUCCUUCCUGUUCUACGGAAUCGACACAGCAGGCGACUUCAUUCCUAUAAAGCAACUCCGUGAAAAAUAUAAUAGGCCACGACAUGAAGUUCCUGUGGACAAUUCUGACGAAGACCGCGAUAGCAAUUUGUGAAAAGUUGUAUGGUUUUUGCUCAGAAAGUCUGAUACGAAGCGAUUCUUAGUGGCGGCCUCGCGGCUGGUUGCAACUACAUGGUUUUUACUGUACGAGAUCAUAUUAUGGAUCUGCUGGUGUUGCUCAGCAUCAUUUUCCUUCCAUCUGGUGCUUGAAAGUUGUAGGAGGAAGAUAUUUGAUAUGUAAAUAUUUGCAUCCCAACUAAGUGGGAUUACCGCAGCUCGGCGAUGGAUAUUGACAUCCGAAUGAAUUGUAAUUAUUAUAAACUUACAAUCCUUGUACCGUCUUAUAAAGGAUGAAAAAUAAUUAUGCGAUUUUUGUUCA